AUGGAUGGCCCCAAGAACAAACAGUAUGGCGUGACGAGCGCCAUCUCUACCGCAGGCCCUGGACCCGAGGAAGCCAAACUCAACGAUUCGCUGGUCGAGACGCUGACGCGCAAGAAUGUCUUUGAAACUCCCGAGGGCAACAAGAAGAGGGACGAUGUCAUCCGUCACCUGCAAACUGUGGUGGAAGAGUUUGUCCGUCGCGUCUGCAAGCAAAAGGGCGUCAAGCAGGCUGCCAUCGACGUUGCUGGCGGCAAGGUCUUCACGUUUGGCAGCUAUGCCCUUGGCGUCCACGGCCCUACGUCCGAUAUCGAUUCGCUCGUCGUCGUGCCCAAACAAGUCAGCAUCGACGACUUCUUCCGCAACUUCCCCUCCAUCUUCCGAGAAAUGUCAAAGUCCGAGGACAUCACGGAACUGAAUCCGGUCGAGGACGCCUUUGUGCCCAUCAUCAAGAUGGAGUACCGUGGCGUGAGCCUAGAUUUGAUCUUCGCAUCCUUGCCCAAGCUCUCAUCAGUGCCGCGGGACAUGGAAACAAUCGAGAAGAAGAACCUGGACGGUCUUGCGGAACAGGCCAUGCGUAGCGUCAACGGCACCCGUGUCACCAAGGAGCUUCUCGCUGCAGUACCACACCCGGGCAGCUUUCGACAUGCCCUGAGGGCCAUCAAGCUCUGGUCCAACGAACGCGGUAUCUACGGAGCCGUCUUUGGCUACCCUGGAGGUGUGGCCUGGGCCAUCAUGGUGGCUCGCAUUUGCCAGCUAUAUCCAUUUGCCAACGGAGCUACCAUUGUCUCCAAGUUCUUCAGUCUGAUGCAAAAGUGGUCGUGGCCAAGGCCGGUCUUACUGAAGCACAUCGAGGAAGGUGCAAUGGGACUUCGUGUGUGGAAUCCGCAGAUCUACCACGGCGACAGAUCGCAUCUGAUGCCCAUCAUCACGCCGGCUUUCCCAUCCAUGUGCUCUACUCACACCGUCAUGCCCUCGACCUUGCGAAUCAUGCAAGAGGAGUUCCAAAGAGCCGAUCAGAUCAUGCAGCACAUCUUCGCAGGCACGAAGACCUGGGACGCUCUGUUUGAACGCCAUAGCUUCUUUACCAAGGAUCACAAAUACUAUCUGACGAUUGUUGCCGCCAGUCGUACCCAAGAAGCUCAUGAGAGAUUCAAUGGGUUGGUCCAAUCAAAGGUCCGGCACAUUGUCAAAGGCAUCGACGAUGGCCAAACGGGAAUUGAUACUGCGCGCCCCUAUCCCAAGUGUUUUGAGCGGGUACAUCGUUGCACAAAUGAGGACCAGGUGUUCGAAGUCAGUCAAGGCAGUCUGAAAUACAUGAUCCCAGCAUCAGAGGUACCUGCAGAGGGCGCCUCGCUUGCCAACGGAGAUGCCCAAAUCAUGUACACAGCGUCCUGGUACAUCGGCCUCACUGUGACUACAGAAGGGGGCAGAGCACUUGAUAUUUCAUACCCUGUUAGUCAAUUCCGAAGCUUCAUCACGGACGCAGAGGUAUUCGACGACAAGACCAUGUCCGUCAAAGUGAUCCACACCCGCAAUACCGCACUCCCCGACGACCUCUUCCUUCCCGGCGAAACACGACCCAAGAAGCCUGCCAAGGAGAAGAAGAAGAAAGACACUAAGGGCGGGGGCGUUAAGCGCCCCUUCGCCGACACAGGUCUUGACGACAGCGAGCACGCAGCAGCAAAGCGUCCACAGGCCGAGCAUGUCUCCAACGGAGUUCCGACGGCGGCAUGA